GUAGUAUACUUGUAUAGGGUUAUUAUAAUACGUCUAUUUCCAUUUUCAAUGUUUCUUUACCAAGUGAUAUGACCACCCAUGAAGGUGAACAAUGUGCGUAAGAAUUUUGAUAAAUAAAUUACUACUAUUCUAACGGCUGGGAAUUUUCAAAUAGAAAUAAAAGUAAAAUGAAAAUGUGAAAAUAAAUUUUAUUUUUGAAAACACGUGCAUCAUGAGGGUAUGAACAAAAACGCUUCACAUAACCACUAACGCUUCACGUAACCACUAACGCUUCACGUAACCGCUAACGCUUCACGUAACCACUAACGUUUCACGUAACCACUAACGCUUCACGUAACCACUAACGCUUCACGUAACCACUAACGCUUCACAUAACCACUAACGCUUCACGUAACCGCUAACUCUUCACGUAACCACUAACGCUUCAUAUAACCGCUAACGCUUCACGUAACCACUAACGCUUCACGUAACCACUAACGCUUCAUGUAACCGCUAACGCUUCACGUAACCACUAACGCUUCACGUAACCACUAACGCUUCACGUAACCACUAACGCUUCACAUAACCACUAACGCUUCACGUAACCGCUAACUCUUCACGUAACCACUAACGCUUCAUAUAACCGCUAACGCUUCACGUAACCACUAACGUUUCACGUAACCACUAACGCUUCAUGUAACCGCUAACGCUUCACGUAACCACUAACGCUUCACGUAACCACUAACGCUUCACGUAACCACUAACGUUUCACGUAACCACUAACGCUUCAUGUAACCGCUAACGCUUCACGUAACCACUAACGCUUCACGUAACCGCUAACUCUUCACGGAGUACUUCGCAGUUCAUGCCCUCGUGUAUUUUUCAUAAACGAAAUUUAUUUCUUCAAUAACAUUUCAUAAAACUUGCUGGAUUAUGCGUAGUAUACAAAAUUACCCAGAAUAUUGUAGAAAAAAUUUCAAUGCAUUAAGGUAUACAUGUAGGCCUACACGUAAAACAAAUUGUUGUCAGAUGACAGCUGUAACGAAAAUAAACUGUAACUCAAUCAGCUUUGAUAGAGAAAUCAAUUACAGCGAAGUACAAAUGUAAGUAACCUACAGGUGCGUGAAUUAUAUUGAAGAAAUCUGAACGAAGCCAACAAUUUACGUUCAUACGAAAUUUUAAAUUCUAUAUAGAAAUAUGUGAGCUAGAGUAGAGGCCACCUAAGGAAUUCAAAAUGAUACAUAAUACGGAUGGAUAUUUUAUUUUUUCAAGAUGAAUUGAAUAUAUAUAUAUCAUAUAGAACACUGAUGACUUAGUGCAAAAAGAUGAAAUAUUGACAAUGAUAAUAGUAAUUAGCUGGAAGAAGUUACAAAAUCUUCUCCAUGUAUUUUUUGGACCUAUCAUAUCUACUUCUAAUGUGAGCAAAUGUUCUUUAAAACUUCACAGGUAGCAUUUGUCGUGAGCUUAUACUAAAUAAAUGUACAUUGUAUAGAGAAAAUAAAAAUUCAUGUCGGAAAUUUAGAUUUUUGUCUAUUAUCAACACGUGCUAUUUCCCCUGAUUUAUGCGUGUUUAUUUAAAGGGCAUUAUAGCUGUGAAACUGAUGGCAACCAAUUUUUUUCUCAAAAUCUCGCAAAGGCAUAGGAAUAUAUAUUAAUGACUUAUAAAACAUUUAUUUUGUACAAAAAGAAGAGAAACCUAAUAAACCCACGUUAGAUAACCGCUUUUAGUGUCACGAAAUAUAUAAGGAAGAAUUAUUGUUGUAAGACAAUAAUUAAUUAAUUAUUCAAUUACCAAAAUGCCUGCUUUGAAGUGUAAAAGUGUUUGAAAUAAUUUUAAAUACUGGUGAUAUUACUGAAACAUAUAAUAUGGAGCAAUUUUCAUUGAAUUCAAUUUUUGGUGACAAAAUUACAGAUAAUCCCCCUUCAAGAAAUAAAUUUAAUUUUUGAAAACUGCAAAGCUUCAAACCGAGGUACCGGGGUAUAUUGUCAACGCUCUAUGAAAAGUAUGCCUGUGUGAAGCAUUGCAUGUGCAUGUUGCAGCUCAUACCCUAAUGAAUUUGAUUUUUUAUAUUACAUUCUAUUUUAAUUUCUAUAGACCCCCCCCACCCCCCAAACAUAGACGUACAUUUACUAUACCUUUGAAGACAAUCUCUACCCAGAGUUAUCGUUUCUUGCACUCACAAAAAUGUCCACUUUUUUUAUGGCUAAUAAAACUAAGAACUACUUUGUAAAAUAUUGAGAAAAUGUAGGACAAGAAACUAUUUGUAGAUUUUUUUUCCAUUACUAUACAUUCUUCAUGUACCUAUGUAUAGGCUUGGUGCAAUAGAACAACCUAAUAUCCACGUUUCAACCCAAAUCAAUGCUUCUUGUGUCACAAAAAGACUUGACAUCUGGUCAGUAUUUAUUUAUUUAUUUACGUAUAUUUUUGUAACUGAAGUCAAAACCAUACUUUGUUAGAGCAUACGUGCCAUUUUACAAAAAUCUUACCCUUGAGACGUUGACAUAGGUGUAAGUGAGAGCAAGGAACGACAACUCUGGGUAGAGAUUGCUUUGAAGAUUCACACGCGCAAUGUUUGCGGCGCAUCCAUGAGGAAAUGGCUAUCAUCACUGCGGCUCACCCAUGAGGAGAUGGCUAUCAUCACUACGGCGCACCCGUGAGGAAAUGGCCAUCAUCACUGCGGCGCACCCAUGAGGAAAUGGCUAUCAUCACUGUGGCGCACCCAUGAGGAAAUGGCUAUCAUCACAAAUUGUAAAGACACCAAAAGCAAAAAAUAUUGGAGAUGUAAAUAUUAACCCACUCCCCCAAUAAAUAAAUAAAAAGAAAUUAUGCGGCUCUAUGCUCCCCACGGAGCGAACAGGAACAAGUCAAGUAAGUCAAAUGUUACAAAAUAUUCAAUAUGAUAUAAUUUGAAUCAUAUAAAUCCCAUUGCUUAGAAUCCACCUGAACAUUUGUAAGCAAUUGAUACUUUUUUAGUUCUUGUAACGGAAAAUGUCUGUUCCAGCUGUUUAGAUACUGCAGAUGAAAUAAAGCUUUCAGCCUUUUUUGUGAUCUUCAAUAAAUUCAUCCGCCACAAAAUAUAGGCCUUAACAAAACUUUCGGUAUGAGGUAAACAUCAAAUAUUACACUCGUGUGGUGUCUAUGAUUUUUACAUCUGGUUGUUACAUUAUAACAGGCAUCCGUAUCAUCAUUACCCUGUGCAGAAGCUUUAUCUACGCCAUAAUGGUUUUAGAACUUACUGCUUCAUUUCCUGAAAUGUAAGACAGGUCUCUGCCAAAUGUAUACAUGCACCGAUUCCAUAUGAAAUUAUAGCACUAAUAACCGCCACUGUGCACAUCCCAAAAUCUUUGAUAUUACACGAGGUGUUUCAUUUUAAAUCUUUCAUAUCAUACCCGGUAUUUCAUUUUAAAGGGACAAUAAGCUGUGAAAAUGAUGACAACAAUUUUUUCUCAAAAUCUCUCAAUGGCAUAGGAAUAUAUAUCAAUGACUAAUAAAAAAAAAUUAUUUUGUAAUUUUGUACAAAAAUAAGAGAAACCUAAUAAAACUAAGUUAAAUCCCCGCUAUUAAGUAAAGGGAUAUAUAAGGAAGAAUUAAUGUUUUGGAAGACAUUAAUCACCAAAAUUACACAUACAUGUACCUGCUUUUGAGGGUAAAACGUGUUUGAAAUAAUUAAAUACCGGUGUUAUUACUGAAAUAUAUGAUAUAGAGCAAUGUUCAUUGAAUUGAAUUUUUGUUGACAAAAAUGACAUCUAAUGCCCUUUUAAAUCAAGAGGAGAUUUUGUCAACUAUUCUAGCAAUAUGUGUAUCAUUAAACAGCAGAGGAGAUGUCAACUAUUCUAGCAAUACGUGUAUCAUUAAACAGCAAAAAUAUAAUUAUCCAAUUCUCAAGCAUGGUGUGAAUUGUAAUUAAUCUUUAUAAUUAUAUCUGAUGUUUACUUGAUAAUUUUCAAUGAAAGGUAAUUUAGGAUUUUUAACAAACAUAUAAUGUUUAUAAAAAUCUGAUGUUUCGAUUAUGAAUUUACAUCUAUAACAUUGAAAAUUUAGAGAAGGAUUUUCAUGUUUAAGAAACGUAGAAUUGCGAAGUACAAAUAAAUCAAUACAAUGAAACUACAAAUAAAUCAGUACAAUGAAACUCUAAAAACAGAACAUUUCAGCGAAAUAAACUUAACCCGUAACAGUCACCUCAGAAACGCAACCUAAUUUUAAAAAAAAAUGACUCCUGGUAAGUUUUCGAAAAUUUUCAAUGUUAGGAAAGGUACAAUUAAAAGUUGGGUUGUGAAACUACAACUAAUUAGCCCUAACUGAUGGUAAAGGUAUGUGCUUCUAUAAUUAUACCAAGGGAUUUUCAUGAACAUGUUGAGAAUUUGUGAUAUCGAUCGAAUUACUUUAACUAUGAACUGAUACAAUAGGCAUACAUUUUCUUGCCAAACUGAAAAUUUUCACGCCAAUCACUAUAUUAGUUAUGAGUUGUAUUCAUGUAUGGAUGAAAUAAGCCCAGUUAAGUGAGAGUGUGUACCGUGUAUUUUUAAAAAUAGCAAGCCCGUAUUGCUGAAUGGCACACAAUUCACGGAUUGAUAAACCUAUUUGCCCCAUAUGCUGUGAUGAUUUUAAAAAUCCUAAAUUUCUACCAUGUCGCCAUACUUACUGCAAAUCCUGCAUUGUCAAUUUGUUCAACACUGCAACAAUGCAUGGCGAAAUAGCCUGUCCUCUCUGCCGUAAAGUUUUCUACUUAGAUGAAGAGGCCAUCGAUAAAUUACUAGACAAUUACUUUGUCCCACUAAAAGACAAAUCGAUACCGACACUAUUCAGCUGUAGUGUUUGUCUAACAGAAGCUCGCCUAAAAGCAUGUCAGCAUUGCUCGGAACACCUAUGCUUGGACUGUAGUGCAUCUCAUCGACUUGCGAUGAAACUAAGCGGGGUAGACUGUAGCAAUGACACUUCAGAUGGAGACGAUAUCAUCGAAGCAGACCACUCAGACGACUUUCAAUUUCAAACGCCGACCCCAGUGUUUCUGUCCAGUCAUCCAAUGAAAGUGCAACUCAAUGCAUCACUCGUAUCGUCUUUUAACGUGCAAUCUAUGUAUAGUGCUUUCGAUCACGGUGACAGUGGACUAUUUCCGAUUCGCUGUAUACGUCGGAGUGGAUGCGACAGUUAUUCGGUUCUCCUUAAUCUUGGUCCGGAAGUGGUUGAAUUCGAUAUGAUGGGAAGGGAAAUCAACAGAUUUUCCCUCCAGGAUGGUGUAAGUGAUAUUAUAUAUGCACCUAACGGUGAUUUAUUGUACUCAAGUGUUGGAGACAGAAUUAUCUGGAGAAAGGAUUGUCAAAGCGACACUCGCGUCUUUACACAUAGCUCGCAUUAUCAGCCCUUCUCUCUGUCAUGCUUCCAAGAUGGACGUAUAGUCUCCGGUGGCCCGACUUAUCAUCAGUCAGAUGGUAAUGAACAUGGGGCAAUUAUCAUCUAUGACCAGCAUGGAAAACUAAUUAGAGAAAUCGUACAGAGUGCUGAUGGAUUAUUUGUGAAAUUCCCCGUAUCGAUAUCAGUCAGCACAAGUAACAAAAUAUGCGUGGCUGACAAAGACUCUCACUGCGUUUUCGUCUUUUCAGAAAAUGGCGUCAUCCUUUCAUUGUACGACGGAAAUUUUGGAUUGGAACAAUGGGAUCGUUCUCAAUUUUUGCCUUCUGCUUUAUGCCACGAUUCCGAAGGAAACAUUAUUGUGGCAAACAUAUUGGACGGUAUGCUACAUGUGUUGUCCUCAAACGGAGAUUUCCAGGGCUAUGUUUUAACGAAGAACUUAGAAGGCUCUAAACGGCCAUGUGCACUCCACGUUGAUGACGAAAACAGAAUCUGCGUCGGGAAUAUGGAUGACAGUGGGAUAAGGAUUUACGAAAUUUCGAGUUUCAAUAACAUGUUAGAAGAAUUUCAUACUAAUUAUAUAUAAACUACUGUAGACUAAUUAACUAUUACCAUACUAAUUAUAUAUAAACUACUGUAGACUAAUUAACUAUUACCAUACUAAUCAUAUAUAAACUACUGUAGACUAAUUAACUAUUACCAUACUAAUUAUAUAUAAACUACUGUAGACUAAUUAACUAUUACCAUACUAAUCAUAUAUAAACUACUGUAGACUAAUUAACUAUCGCCAUACUAAUCAUAUAUAAACUACUGUAGACUAAUUAACUAUCACCAUACUAAUUAUAUAUAAACUACUGUAGACUAAUUAACUAUUACCAUACUAAUUAUAUAUAAACUACUGUAGACUAAUUAACUAUUACCAUACUAAUCAUAUAUAAACUACUGUAGACUAAUUAACUAUCACCAUACUAAUUAUAUAUAAACUACUGUAGACUAAUUAUCACAUGUUAGAAGAAUUUUAGUAAAGAAUUCACUCGUACAUUUACUUCAGGUAUAUUCCGAACGGUUUAAAAUAAAGAUAAUCUUUAUUUCAAGAACUCAAAUAUUUAGUCUACUCACUACAUGAUAUAAUAAGAUUUACACACAGAAACAACAAUAGAUGCACUGAUGAUUGUGGUAUUUUAUUUCAUAAAAAUAAAAAUGUACAAAGAUUU